GGUAAACACUUGUCAUCCGCUGGAGAUCUCGGCCAGAUUAGUCUAUGUCUUGCAGCCUUUUGAGAAGCCGAACCACUACAACAAGCCACCUCUACACGAGCUCUAGGGGUGCGUCAUCAAAGGCGCCGGCGAGCAAGGUCUUUGCGAACGCCAAAUCUGCAGAAUUUCUCGCUGCUGCCGCUACUCAGCAGUCAAUACCUAAUUUGCAUGGUCUUCCAGAGGUUAUAGUGACUGGCCGAGCUAAUGUUGGGAAGUCGACGCUGCUGAACGCCGUCCUUGGUCGACGCAAUCUGUUGCACACCAGCAAGACCGCUGGCCGGACCCAGACAUUAAACUUCUACCGGGUAGGACCGCCACCGGGCCAUCUAGUCCUCGUCGACGCCCCGGGUUACGGUGCGCGCGGUCGUCGCGAGUGGGGUGAACUCUUCAACUACUACGUCCAGAAUCGCAAAGAGCUUCGCCGUGUAUUCAUUCUCUUCAAUGCCAAGCAUGGCGUGAACGAAGUGGACAGGAUGAUGCUCAGCUUGCUUGACGAACAAUGUCAGGCGUCGGGUGGAGUCAACUGGACUCUCCAAGCCAUUAUCACCAAGACGGACGGGUUACGGACGGGGGAGCUCGUCAAGGCAAUAAAGAACAUGCAAAAAGAUAUAUAUGAGACGGCGCCGACGUGUCUACCCCCCAUCCUCACCUCCGCACACGAGCACCCUCAUCUCGGAAUCGAAGACGUGAGGCAGAGUAUCACAGAAGCUUGCGGCUUGAGCAAGACGGAGACGAAGCUCUAUCGUCCUCCUUAGCGUGGUAUCUGCUGGAUUCUGGGUCCUGUGACUGUAGGCAACUCAUCUCAGCUCAUGUGAUAUGAUUUACUAGUGCGAA